GAACAGUCGGUUAAACAGUUAAAUAGUUACGUUUACGUUAAUAUUUUUCUAUUGUUUUGCAUCUUUUAAUAGGUUUAUUGCGGUUGACAUGUUGCCAAAUAACAUGUUUAACAACCGAAAUUUUAUGUGUCACGUUCUUCCUGAACAAAUUUAUACGCAUUUCGCAUUAUGGGUUGAAGUGUAAGUCGGAUUCAUCCUUCCAUCGAUGUUACAAGCACGUUACUAUCAAGGACUAGCUGCUCAUUGAUAUACUAGUAGAGAACAUUGUAGAGAGAAACAUGGACCAAAUCAUUGAUAUAGACGAUGUCGAGACUGGGAUGCGCUCUUCCAAGAGUUCGUGGAUACCCUUUGGUUGUAUCAGCUCAAACUCAAUAUGCUACGUCGUGAUUACAAUUGCGACUCUGGCCUUCCUCGGCACCAUCGUCUUCAUCUGCAGGGACUACAUAAAGCUGCUGCUCUACUGGAUCGAGCAUCAGAAUGCUUGGAUCAUCGCUGUGAUCUUCAUAGGUCUGUUCACGGUGGUGUCGUUCCCGAUUGUGAUUGGCUAUCUGUUCCUCAUUGUCGCCAGUGGCUACCUGUUCGGUGUGAUACGCGGCAUGGCGAUUGUCAUACUCUCUGCUAAUCUUGGCAUAGCGAUUGCCCAUGUCACUCUGGGCCUACUGUCCACCAGGCUACCGAUUGGUGCCCUCCUGCAGAGUGACACUGCGAGAGCGAUACUUCGCGUGAUAUCCGGGUCCCAAGCUUUCAAGAUCGUCCUGUUCGCGCGGCUCACCCCGAUUCCGUUCGGUCUUCAGAACACUAUUUUUGCAGUCAGUAACAUAGGUGGUUUUCAUUACCACGUAGCCAGUGCGAUAGGUUUAUUACCUGCCCAACUGGUCAACGUUUAUUUAGGCAGCAGUCUGAGGUCGAUGCAGGAUGUAUUGGAGGAUAGAUCCACGGCGGCGACUGGCUACGUAGUAUUUUGCUUCCAGAUAUUAGUAGGAGUCUCGCUGAUGGUUUAUAUUGUACAGAAAGCACGAAAGGAGCUUCAGUUGACGUUGUUCGAGGCCGAUCUCGCGUCCAUGGCGAAUUCCCCUCAUUACAUUCUGGACGGACUACCAGACUCCAAGAUAAUUUUAACGAAUCUAAUUGCGUAAUUUUUUUUUUAUGAACGUUACAAGCAUUUUUGACAAUUCUUUUAUACAAUCAACAGCUCUGUUUUCUUUCUCCAGUUAUUAUAUUUCUAACAUUAUUAUUCUGUGUAUCUUCCAGAAGUGAUUUUAUUAAGACUUAUUGAUGGUGCUUUCAAAAAUUUAGACUCUUGAAUGACAUUAUGCAGGAAUCUGUUAUCGGAGAUAAUACGUAUUAAGUCUUACCAAAGCUAACGUGAUUUUAGUACCAAACAAAGCUCAUAGAGCAUGCGACGCGUGCAUGUAUAUUUUGUCUAAACAAAUGGAUGAAACGAAGAGUUCACGGAACUGCAAAUCCAAUGUAUAAAACUUCCUUGCAAUAAGAGCAUACUAAUUUAUAUAUUGCUCAUAUAU